GGGGCUGGGCGGGGCUGGGCGGGGCCAGUAGUCCGCGCUCCAGCCGGUUGUAGUUUGUGGGGCUGCGACCCCCUUCCCGCCCACGCCCGCUUCCCCGCCCCUCGCCCGGCACCGCCGACAGGUGAGUGGUCCCUCGGGCUCCUGCCUGCUGCUGGGACGACGCCGACAGAGUCCCCGCCCCGAUUAGGACUCCAACGUCUGGCCUCAGAAUUCGGGGUGAGGUCGAGGAAACCCUGGAAUAACCCCCCCCAGCCCCGCCUCCAUCUUCACUUCGCUACCCUCACCCCUGCACAUGAAAACCGUAAAACCCACAGUAAAUGCAUCUAUAGACAUUAACCCCCAAACAGAAUGUCGUUCAGAUGCUGAAAAGUAGGUCAGAGCCUAUGGCAUCCUUGGCUUUCUGGACUAACAAUGACCCCAAAUUCUGGACAAUAGAAUAUUUUCAGUUGGAGAGAUUUACAAAUAGUGCUUGAGCAUCAUGGAGCUUCUAGGUUCUACUUUAGCGGCAACUUAUGCCCACCCUAGACCAACACCAGCCAACUUCCUACCAGCCAUCAGUGCCAUGGCCUCAAGCUAUAGGGACUGCUUCCCCCACUGCAAUCUGACCCAUAGUCUGAGCCUGCCUUGGAGACCAAGCACGUACUACAAAGCAGCCUCCAACUCGCCAGCCUUGGCCCCGUACUGCACCAGAUCUCAGAGGGUGUCCGAGAGCACCAUACCUCCCUUUGUUUCCAACGGAACCACGCUCUUCACCAGAUACACUCCCGAUGAUUGGCACAGGUCCAACUUAACCAACUUUCAAGAAUCCAACACUUCCCGACACAAUUCAGAGAGACUGAGGGUAGAUACAUCUCGCUUGAUUCAAGACAAAUAUCAGCAAACGAGAAAAACCCAGGCAGACUCCACCCACAAUCUGGGAGAACGAGUCAACGACAUAGGAUUUUGGAAAUCUGAAAUCAUUCAUGAGUUGGAUGCAAUGAUUGGAGAGACAAAUGAACUAAGCGAUGUUAAGAAAAAACUGGAGAGGGCUUUGAUGGAGACAGAAGCCCCUCUUCAGGUAGCUCGGGAAUGUCUGUUUCAUCGAGAGAAGAGAAUGGGAAUCGAUCUAGUUCAUGAUGAAGUGGAAACAGAGUUGCUGAUGGAGGUUGAUAUUAUUCUCUGUUGUCAAGAAAGGAUGAAGCUGCAUUUGGACAAGGCCAUUGCCCAACUGGCAGCCAACAGAGCUUCCCAGCACGAGCUGGAGAAGGACCUGAGCGACAAGCAGGCAGCUUACCGCAUCGACGAUAAAUGCCACCACCUGCGGAACACGUCGGACGGCGUCAGCUGCUUCCGCGGAGUGGAGCGGGUGUCUGCCAUGGUCUCAGUGCCCGAGUCCUGGGCCAAAUUUACCGACGACAAUAUUCUUCGCUCCCAGAGCGAGCGAGCUGCCUCUGCGAAACGAAGAGACGACAUCCAGAACCUCCUGGCGGUGACAGCCAGCGAGUUGUGGAAUCAGUUCAACAAAGUGAACCUGGCUUUCACCAGCCGCAUUGCUGGGACUGCAGAUGCUAAAAAUAAGAUUCAGAUUCACCUCGCAAAGACCCUGCAGGAGAUUUUCCAGAUGGAGAUGACCAUCGAAGCCCUCAAGAAGGCCAUCAGGGACAAGUCUGCCUUCCUGAAGGUGGCGCAGACCAGGCUGGAUGAGCGUACGCGGAGGCCCAACACAGAGCUCUGCAGAGACGUGGCUCAGCUGCGCCUGGUUAACGAGGUGUACGAGGUGGACGACACCAUCCAGACCCUGCAGCAGCGCCUGAGGGACGCGGAGGACACGCUGCAGUCGCUGGUCCACACCAAAGCCACCCUGGAGCACGACCUGGCGGUCAAAGCCAACUCCCUGUACAUCGACCAGGAGAAGUGCUUGACCAUGCGCAGGAGCUUCCCCAGCACCCGGCGGCUGGUGGGCGUCUGCUAGGGCCCCUGCCCUCGGCCAGGCGUGAUGCACCCCAGGGAAGGCGGAACCAGGGCG